AUGUUUGGCUGGUUGGCGAAACAUCCUGGCACAGAGAAAAAGACGCCAUUUCAACGUACAUCUGCCGACGAACGACAGUCUUGUUUACAGCAACUAGCUGAUGAAGGUCUUCUGAUUUCAAUGAGAGCGAUGCUAAUACAUUCAGGUGGGAAAAAAUCGAACGCCUAUUAUCGUCUAUUGCCAUCCCAUGGACAACUAGAACGCUAUGAAUUCAAACAAAAAUUAGCUAAAUAUCAUGUGACCAUCAGUGAAUAUUUACGAAAUCACGCUCGUUCCGGGAUCCCAAAGAACUACAAACCAGCUGACGAGAUGCGUCAAUAUUUGAAAGACAAUCAGCAACAUUAUGAACAAUAUUUUGGUAAAAAUAAUUCUUAUGCAGAUCAAAUAAAAGUGGCAAUGUGA